AUGACACGAAGCCCUCGCGCGGCCUCUCCUGCCGUGUCGGGAACCGCGGGCGCACCAGACUCCCUCGCUCCUCCUCCACCACCGAAAGACGGACCUCCCGCUCCUCCACCGAAAGACCUUCCUUCUCCUAGAUCGACACCAGCGAUUGAUUCGACGACAGAGGCAAGAGACUACAUCAAUGGGGGCGUGCCUCACGAUAGCCAAUCGCCGGUUCAACAGCCGCGAAUUCGCCCGAACUUGCCGACCCUGAACAGCAGCGACAGCUUUGGUGCGAGACAAACUCCAGGAGGAUUGCCGAUGAUGCCGGAAGAUAGUACAUAUAGCCCUGAGCCGGCAUCUCCCACAGACCGUCGAAGUGUACAGUUUGCACGAACAGACCAAGUGCUAGAGCCGCCAGCCAGCCACUCGCGGAACCCGUCAUGGGAGGACGGCGGCAAGUCGAUUGGGUCUUCUUUCAUGACCAAACUGAAGCAGUUGACAGGCUCUGGUUCUCUUCAGACUCUCAAAACAAGCAGUUCAGGAAAUUUGAACGAGUCGGGCACACCCUCCCGAAGCAACUCCCCAACGAGUGGCCGGCCAAGAAUACCCGGGACACUGGACGAGGACGAUGGCGGUCAGGGUGGUAGCGAUGCCGACGCCGAUGUCGAGACUGCGGAUGAAGGCAACGCGACCGACAAUGUCGCCAAGCCAAAGAAGAAGAGAAGGAUGCGCAGGUCGAAGAAGCCGCAGUCGUCUGCUCCCGGCACCCCAAACUUGAGGCAGUCGCAUCUACCGUCGCACUUGCCCGGUCCCGACUCGCCCGUUGGCUAUGGACGUAUGGGUGCCUUGCGACGCCGCUUAUCGAUGCCUGACCAGUCCGAACAACCCCACGGCAUGUCUGAGGGCGAAGGUCGCGAUCAGCUGGCCGGUCCAUCCUGGAUGCGGCCUCACAGGGUAGACGGCGCCGAAAGCCCCGGCGGAACCGCCAGACGUGGACACAUGCGCCGCAUCACGGUCCUCGGCGGCGGUGGAGUAUCAGAUGGAGACGCGAUGACGACACCUAAGAGACCCUUCUUUGGCAAUGAGAGAGCGUCCACAUGGAAGUACGUCAAGAACACGUUGAAGCUUCUUAGGCAGAAGAAGGAGGAUCGUUUCGACUUUGCCAAGUCGGCGGAACUCAUGGCUGAGCUACGAGCCGGCGCGCCCGCCGCACUCAUGCUGGCCAGCAUGAUUCAGAGAGACGAACAUGGCAACAAGCGAAUCCCCGUCCUCCUAGAACAAGUUCGUUUACGUAUUACCGACAGCCAGCCAGAGUCAGAUGACGACGACAGCGAACGCCACUGGGUUUUCACCAUGGAUCUGGAAUACGGCAGCGGGCCGUCGCGCAUGAAAUGGACCAUCAUCAGGACCCUCAAGGAUGUUUACAACCUUCAUGUCCGUUACAAGCUUGCGAUGAGCAACGACAAGUACUUGCAUGGGCGCGCCGAUGUGGGUGCUCGACCCAAAAUGCCCAAAUUUCCCUGGGGCGCCUUCCCCUAUUUGCGCGCCGCUCGCAACAAGGACGACAGCGACGGGGACGACGACGGAGCCAGCAUCAGGGCGGCAAGCAUUAGAGGCGACGAGACCGGGGCCGAGGGUACUGCUGCCGAAGCAACCGCCGGAGAUGGGACUGCCAGUGAGUGGGAGGGAGGCCGAGCUGGGCCUGGCAAUAGGAAAAAGUCCCGUCUUGGUAUGCUGGGCAUGCGCCGAAAAUCGACCGGUUUUACGGACCCCGGAGAGUCAGGCGCGGAAAAUAAUCAACUCGAACUGGCUCAGGCGAGAAAGAGAUAUUUUGAGAGACAAAGACGGGUCCUUGAAAAGUAUUUGCAGGACAUGAUCCGUUGGCUCAUGUUCCGUGCUGACAGCAACCGGCUUUGCAAGUUCUUGGAACUUUCUGCCUUGGGUGUGCGCUUGGCUGCUGAAGGCAGCUACCACGGCAAAGAGUGCUACCUCCACAUUCAAUCCUCCAAAGGAAUGGACUUCCGCCGAGUCCUGACGCCAAAGAAGGUUAUUGCCCGUCACAGUCGAAAAUGGUUCCUUGUGCGGUCCAGUUACAUUGUCUGCGUGGAAUCACCAGAGAAGAUGAACGUCUACGAUGUCUAUCUUGUGGAUUCCAAGUUUCGCAUUGUUUCCAAGAAGAGCACGUUGAAACAACUAGGCAAAGGAAAGACUAAGUCUGAGGAGAAGGAAAUCGACUUGAUCGCAGAGCCAGAUACCGAGAAGCACCACACCCUGACAUUGCAUACGGCCGAGCGGAAAGUCAAGCUGUUUUCGAGGAAUCAGCAUGUCAUGAAGCAGUUUGAAGACUCAAUAGCAGAGAUGCUCAAGCAGACCAAGUGGCACGACAUCAACCGCUUCGACAGUUUCGCUCCUAUCAGAAACGGCGUCUUUGCACAGUGGCUUGUCGACGGAAGAGACUACAUGUGGAACGUAUCCCGCGCCAUCAGCAUGGCUCGCGACGUCAUCUACAUCCACGACUGGUGGCUGAGUCCCGAGCUGUACAUGCGUCGACCUGCUGCGAUCAGCCAAAAAUGGCGUUUGGAUCGUCUUUUGCAGCGGAAGGCUCGAGAGGGUGUGAAGGUGUUCGUCAUCGUCUACCGCAACGUAGAAGCUGCCAUCCCUAUCGAUUCAGAGUACACCAAAUACUCGCUUCUGAACCUGCACCCAAACAUCUUCGUUCAGAGGUCGCCCAACCAAUUCAAGAAGAACCAAUUCUUCUUCGCCCAUCACGAGAAGUUGUGCAUCGUCGAUCAUGACGUCGCUUUCGUUGGUGGCAUCGACCUCUGUUUCGGCCGUUGGGACUGUCCGCAGCACCCAAUCACUGACGACAAGCCGACAGGAUUCGAGCAGAGCGAGCAACCCAAGGAUGCCGAGCACGUUCAGCUCUUCCCUGGCAAGGACUACUCCAACCCUCGAGUUCAGGACUUUUUCAAGCUGGAUGAGCCGUACGAAGAAAUGUAUGACAGAAGCAAGGUGCCCAGAAUGCCCUGGCAUGAUAUUGCCAUGCAAGUCGUCGGGCAGCCUGCCAGAGACCUGACAAGACACUUCGUUCAGCGAUGGAACUACAUCAAGAGAGGAAGAAAGACGACUCGGCCUCUUCCCUUUUUGCUCCCGCCUCCGGACGUUAAGAUGGCCGAGCUGGAGGCUCUCGGGUUGAAUGGCACUUGCGAGGUCCAAAUCUUGAGAUCCUCAAGCAACUGGUCUCUCGGAAUUGAACACACGGAGUGCAGCAUUCAAAACGCUUACAUCAAGAUGAUCGAAGACUCGGAUCACUUUGUCUACAUUGAGAACCAGUUUUUCAUCACCAGCACGGAAGCUUUCAACACCAAGAUUGUCAACCGCAUUGGCGAUGCUCUGGUUGAACGUAUCAUCAGAGCUCACGAGGGUGGUGAGGAGUGGAAGGCAUGCAUCGUUAUCCCUCUUAUGCCCGGUUUCCAGAACACCGUCGAUGAGCAGGAAGGUACCAGUGUGCGAUUGAUUCUGCAGUGUCAGUACCGCAGUAUUUGCCGUGGAGAUGGUUCCAUCUUUUCACGUCUCCGGGCUGCUGGCAUCGAACCCGAGGACUACAUCCAAUUCUACAGUUUGCGGCAGUGGGGCAAAAUCGGCGCCAGGAAUGCUUUGGUAACUGAGCAGCUUUACAUCCACGCAAAGUGUAUCAUCGUGGAUGACCGUGUGGCUCUCAUUGGCUCUGCCAACAUCAACGAGCGUUCUAUGCUUGGCAGUCGCGAUUCUGAACUGGCUGCCGUUGUUCGUGACACAGAUAUGAUCUGGUCGACAAUGGCUGGCAAGCCUUACCGCGUUGGUCGCUUCGCGCACACUCUUCGUCUCCGGCUCAUGCGCGAGCAUCUUGGCUUGGACGUGGAUGAGAUCCUAGAAGAGGAAAGACAGGCCGAGCUUGACCGCCAAGCCGAGUAUGAGGCAGAGAUGGACCAGAUCUACGCAGACGAUGAUGAGUCGCCGCCCGUUGCCGGAUCAAGUGGACAGCAACCAGACGAGCGGCCUCUCAAACCAGCACUGCCAGGUCAAACCCCAAGCUUCAACCACGAUGCUUCCGCUGUGCCAGAUGAAGCUGCAGACGAGGCUUCUUCGGCUUCUUCAUCCAAGGGUAAGGAGGUCGACCCUCGAGUCACGGACAACAAGGAACACGCUCUCGAUAUUGCCGGCUACGGAAAGGACAACUGGAAGACAGCAGAGAAGCUCGGGCUUGACCAAGGGCGUGACUCGGUUAUCAUCAACGGUCGUGAGGUUCUCGUCCACGAUGUCUUAGCCGAAGGCAAGGGCACCCUCGAAUCACCCGUCAAGCCUCACGAGCGUAGAACUUCGACCGCCGAUCACCACAUCGAAGAUGACAACUGCGUCAGCAACGAUGCUCUGCCGCCUAUGCCAGCUCUUAACAGACGAACGACUGACCAGCUCGGUCUUCCCCGCAUCGCUGGACUUCCCACGCUUCCUGCUAUGGAUGACACUGACAUUGGUGGUCCGCCUGUUCACCUGGACCAAAGCGGACAACCAACCAAUGGGCCAAUGCAUCCUCUGGCUGCGGACAUCAGACAAGCGCAUAUCGACAAGGACUGCAUGCGCGAUCCUGUCAAUUCCACCUUCUUCGAUGAUGUCUGGAACCGUGUUGCGGAGAACAACACCAAGCUGUACCGCCGCGUCUUCCGGUGCAUGCCUGAUUCCGAAGUACUGACUUGGCCUGACUAUCAACAGGCAAUGUCAUACGCGGAACGAUUCAGAGAGAGUCUAGAAGGAAAGACGCAAACCGAUGAAGACCCUAAUUUGGCUCGUCACCAAUCCCCGGUUACUGGUGGUGGUGCCGGUGUAGGUGCACCUGGCCCAGCCGCUGUUCUCAAGGCGGCAGCAGAGAAGACGGAAGAGAAGCUGCCCCACCCCAUUAUUAUCAUACCGGGCAAUGAUGGCCAGCAUGCCAACGGCCACGCAGGCCGCAACGCGGAUGCGGAAGACAGAGAAAAGACAGACGAAAAGGCUGCCCUCCGGUCACCAGAGGCUCCGUCGCCAGUCCUCCCUGCCGGCGACGUCCCGUUUCCGGCUUUCGAGACCGGUCCCUCUCCUGACAUGACCUUGUUGGACCCUGCCCGUGAAAAGAGCAGGGAACGAAAGACCACAUUUUCGCCUCUCGAAAAGCCGCCAUCUCGCGAUGUGAGCACGCCAGCGCAGCAAGCUCAGGGGUCGGUGAAACGCCGCCGGCGAGCCACUACUAAGGGCAGUCGACGCGGUCAACCGCCCGAAGAAUUGCUUCCCAGGGCAGAGGCAGAGGAGCUUCUCAACUUGAUCCAGGGACAUGUCGUACAAUUCCCGUACGAUUGGCUGCUCACAGAAGAGCAGAAUGGAAACUGGGGCUUCCAAGUUGAUGGCGUUGCACCCCUGCAAAUUUAG